UAAGCUGUUGCAUUUGUCCGUUCUUCUCUGUUUCCAAUACUACCGACCAUUUUGUAAAUCAAAUCUUUUUCUAUCAAAGUGUGUCACCCAAUUUUGAGUAGAAAUCUUUAGCUCGAGGUUUCAAGCCUAAAUUAUUUUAGCUAAUUCCCUUAAGAAGAAAAAGAAACAAAACAAAAAUGGAACACCAUCAAGUUUCUCCAUGACAGUAUUUUCCUUUCCAUCACGCUAUCGUCCAGUUCUGGUACAAAUUUUCUGCUACCACGCUAUCUCCCAUUUUGGUGCAAAUCUUCUGCUGCUCCAGGCACCUACACUGUCUAGGGGACCUCCAAGAGCAUCCAUCAUUCACUCACAUACUACGCAACUCUCUCUAUCCGCUCUCUACUCACUCAACAGAGACCCCCAAUUACUCAACUCCAACAGUUCACCAUCAUUCUGAUUUUCCCUCACAGGCAGCACCAUCCUCCCGCACACAUGCACAAUCCUCUAUCCCAUUAUUUCCUUUUUCAAGCUGAGACACCAUCCAUUACACACACCUGCAUCCUCCUUUCACCUACAAAGAAACAAAAGAAAGCCAGCCAAAAGAGGGGAGAGUUCGCCGGAUAUAGGAAGCUGACAAAGGUCACCGGAGCUCCAGGAGAAUGGACAUUGAUACAAGAUCUGGCGCUACACAACAUACUAACUCUGCCGUUUUAAGGAAGAAACCUAGCUUAAGGACCUUUGGUAGAAAUUUGACUAGGCUGAUAAGCUUGGGUAAAAGAUUCAAAACCAUAAAAAAGGAGACUUUUAAGAAGAAAUACGGAAAUCUAUUGAGCUUAAUGGAAGUGGAAGUACAAUUGCCCGCCAUCACAGCUCUUGCCCAAUAUUAUGACUCUCCACUAAGAUGCUUCACUUUUCGAGAUUUCUAGUUGGCGCCAACCAUAGAAGAGUUUGAAUAUAUCUUGGGUUUACCACUAGAGGGCACCACGCCAUAUCAACAUUUGGAGCAUCACGCUUUUAUACCUACCAUUGCUGCCAUCAUGAAGUUACAUCCCAAAGAGCUUGAAGAUAGGAUGGUGACGAGGCAUCAAAUGCAUGGGUUGACACAAGAAUAUCUAGAACAAUAUUUGCAACAUCUGGCUGAUAAGGAGGACUGGGAGACUUUCAUGGAUGUGCUAGCUCUUACUGUGUAUGGCAUUGUGUUAUUCCCCAAAAUUGAAGACUUCGUGGACCCUAUUGCAAUAGACGUCUUUGUGGCAAGAAAGAUGAGGUCAGAGAAUCCUAUGACAGCGAUCCUUGCUGAUGUUUAUGGGACUAUGAGUUUCUGUCACGAGAGGAAAGGAAAAAAAAUUCUUUGUUGUUUGCCUGCGUUGUAUGCAUGGAUGACUACACGUGUAUGUAAAGGGGCAGUUGAUGUUAAAAGUCCAUCUGAAAACUUGUCACACCAAGGGCUCAAGGGCAAAGGAGGUAAUGAGUGGGCCCAAUUCUUUGCUGGUUUGAGCGAAGGGAAUAUAAAGUGGCGCCUUCCUUGGCUUGGAAUUAAACCGUCUAUACAGCAUUGUGGCAACUUUCCCAAUGUGCCUCUCAUAGGUGCCCGAUAUUGCAUCGAUUACAAUCCUCUGUUAGUUCAAAGACAAUUUGGGCAUCCUAUGAAAUGGGCACCUUCACCGGACUAUCUUGUAGCCCUAUUCAUCUACUAUGAAGAUGGGCAAUUCAUUGAAUUGUUGAGAAAGGUUAGAAGCGCUUGGGAGAGCGUAGUGAGGGCAGGAAAGGAUCAAAGGUUGGGAGUAGUGGACAACAAAGUUACUUAUCGUACAUGGAUCCUAGAAAGGGUAAAAGAAGUUAAACUUCCUUUCAGACCCAUCAACGAUUAGCUCGUUAAUGAAGGACCUUCCUAAAACAAAGAGAGUGAAGAGAUGAAACAAUUAAAGGCAGAGAUGGAAUGACUAAGGGAAAGAAAUGCUAGAUUGGAAAAAGAACUGCAAAGUGCACGCAAUGAUUUCGUUGAUAUAAGGAAUGAUAAGGAAGAAAAAACUCGCGCCUAUGAAGAAGUUCUUAGAAGUUAGAGGACUGAAAGAGAUUAUACGUUCCGGUUGAAGCAAGACCUCGCAGCCGCAAAUAAAGAGUUAGCAAUGAGGGUGAAAGAGAAAAAUGCGGUGUUGGAAGAAGGAAAGCAAUGGAAGCAUCUCUAUGAAGAAGCCAAGAGAGAUAAGCGGGAGGCCCUGAAAAGAUUAAAAGAAGCACAAGUUCAGGUAGAAAAGGUGGGGCAGCAAAUGAAAGAAAUGGCUACUUCGUUUGAGGCCGAUAUGAACCGUGAUCGCUGGAAGCUAGCGGAAGCAGAAAAGGAUCAUCAGACCAUGAUGCAACAAAUGGAGAGUUAUAUUGAGGAACAAGAAGAGGAAUGGAGGUCAAUGGAGUUCGAAGAAAGGCAUCAGACCUUGGUAAGACGAAUGGAGGACCACAUUGCAGAGCAAGAACAAGCUGUGAAACAUAGGAAAGAAAGUUUCUCCCAAUUAGCUGCUUUGGCAAAUGGAGCGAUAGAAGAUAUUCCUAAGAUGGUAUUGGACGCAGAAGCGAGCACUCAUUUUUGUAGCCCACCAGCAGAGAUAGAACUUUUUAUUAAUCAUUGUAAUAAAAAGUUCUAUCUGUGCUGGUGGGCUACAAAAAUGAGUGCUCGCUUCGGCGUCCAACACUAUCUUAGGAAUAUCUUAUAUCGCUCCAUUUGCUAA